UGAAGGUUAUCGUGUUUUUUAACUUCUUGUGGUUUGCCUCAGUUUUGGCCUCCUCUCCAGAAGAAAAUUUGAAUACCAGAGAUGCCGAACUAUUUGAAGGCGAUAUGAAGUUUUUACCAGGCCAGGCCAGAGGUUCAACGCCCGGAAGAUUGUGGCCGAAUGGGACCUUUGUGUAUCAAAUUGAAUCAGAUUUAAGUUCUCAGCCCCAAGCAAUGUCUGGAAUAAACAGUGCUAUGAGAGACUGGACGACGAAAACAAAGGGCUGUAUCAAAUUCAAGAAAAGGACUUCAGAGACAGCAUAUGUAUCAUUUUUUAAGGGUGGUGGAUGCUGGUCUUACGUAGGACGAACUGGGAGAAAGCAGCAAUUGUCCUUGGCGGGUGGAUGCUGGAGAAAAGGAACUGUAAUCCAUGAAAUUGGUCACGCUCUUGGCUUUCUUCAUGAGCAGUCUCGUCCCGACCGCGAUAAUUACGUGGACAUCAAGUUUGAAAAUAUCCAAUCAGGCAAAGAAAAUAAUUUCCGAAUUUCGAACUGUAUAAACUCGCUAGGAACACCCUAUGACUAUGGAUCCAUCAUGCACUAUGGCGCGAGGUACUUCUCUAAAAAAGGACAGCCAACAAUUGUCCCAAAGAAACCAGGAGUAACUAUUGGUAACCGAAUAGGUCUCAGUCCUAUCGAUAUUAGGCAGAUGAUGUUGCUUUACAAAUGUGGUGCUCAGCCACCUCCAGCAACCAUUCC